AUGUUUACACCACUAAUCCGUCUUCCGAACCAGUUGAAGGAUGUUCCCAGCGGAAUCGAGGGAGUCACUCUCACAGAUGUUGUCACUCCAGAAUACGCAAAAUCAACCAUUCCCUGUAAAAAAUUCACAUGGAUCCUUGACGCAACUCCACGCAUUGAGCUCGACUUUGGACCAGACACUAAGAAGUUUCAAUUCCACAUCGAAUCCUCCCAAUUUGAUUUAUUCAAAAUUGACAAAGAUGUGAGCUUCGAGAGGACCGCUACACACUCAAUUUUCCGUGUUCGUAAGAUUGACAGAAAUCCACCAAGUCGCAUCAAACUCCUCGAGGAGUACACCAUGAAGUACUGGACACUUUUGAGAACAGAAAAAUGUGAACACCCAACACGACGUCAUCUUCACACCAAACCAACUCAGAUUCCUGCUAGAAACAUCACCUCGGACUAUCUUCGUCUCCCAGAAAUCAAAUUCACAGCUCCAAUCAAAAAAUCCGAGAAGAAACUGAAACCGAUCAAACACGAAACAAUGGACAUCUAUGCGAAAUUUUUGCCAUUCAUCUAUUUCAUAAAUAUGGAAUGCAAAAAAGUCAAAGCUCGUUCUGAAAAUAUCAAGGCAUGGGACUUGAACACAUUCUUGAAAGCGUGGAUUGGAGGAAAAAAGCUUCAGAAUCUUCAAUCCUUUACAUUCUACUACUCAGACAUGGUAAAACCAUUGGCAUAUGAAGACGUUCUCAACAACAUCCACUCUGAAACGGGAAAGGCGAGAAAUUUUGAAAAAGUGCCAGAGUGA